AUGGAAUCAAGUCGCGUCCCUCACCAGGACCCCGACCGCGUGGCCACGAUGUAUGGCGAACUCGGCAACAAAUUGGUCCAACACGCGAAGAGGACCCAAUCCCUCGCCCACCUCCCACCCUACCAAACCGAGAUCGUGCGCGCUGUGACCCGCGAAGUCCGCGAUCUCGACCGCGAUGUCACACGUCUCCUAGAGCCCUUUGGGGGCGCCUUCAAUCCCUCCGCAGACCCAGCCAUCGCCUGCGCCUUAUUGGUCGACCACCUCUGCAUGCGCCGGAACAAGCGCUGUCUGCUAGCGUACCACCGUGUGCGCACGGAAAAGCUCGAGGAACUAUGCUGGACCGGUGUGGAUAUCCUCGAGCAGCAGCAACCUUCUGAGGGUGGAUCUCAGCAGACGGCGCUUGGGCCAUCGGGACAUAGCUCACUAAGUCCGGAGGAGGAAGAGUAUUUCCGUCAGUAUGGCGACCUUUUGGCUGCUUACAAGGGACAGUGGACGGAUGUUGAUUUGACGGGGACGCUGGAGCCACCAAAGGAUCUAUUUAUUGAUGUUCGUGUGUUGAAGGAUGCUGGUGAGAUCCAGACGGAGUAUGGUGUGAUCAAUUUGACCAAGAAUAGUCAACUCUAUGUUCGACAAGGAGAUGUGGAGCGUUUGAUUGCCCAGGGAUUCUUGGAGCGAUUGACCUGA